AGAUAAAUACCAUUACUCAUAGAAGCGCUUAUGAAAUCCCUAUCACAGAAUGCCUGUUGGGGAGCAAAGUCCAAGAACCUGAAACAUUCCCUACAACAUUCCUUAAAACGGUACGAUGUCGUUGAGAUUUUGGAAGUUCGUUUUGGUUACUUUUUGGUUUCUAUAUGUUUAUACUAAAGGUUACGAUGACAAGACAUUCAGAGCGGCCGUAUACGAACAUGCUACUCUCCCACCCAACAGAGAAGUCGUGGUUACGCGAAAAGAGGCUCUAGAGUACAUGACAACAAACCUGGAGGUGUACCGAAAUGUUGCUGAGGAGGCUCAUCUUCAGAGAGUUGACAUAAUUGUGUUCCCAGAGGAUGGACUAACUUAUAUGGGUCACACCAGAAAAUCCAUUAGACCGUAUCUUGAAUUCAUACCGGAUCCUAAAACAGAAAAGUGGAACCCAUGUGAACACCCCGAAAAAUAUCCAGAGACGGAGGUGCAGCACACUCUCAGUUGCCUGGCAAAGAACAAUUCUCUAUACCUUGUGGCUAACAUGGGAGACAUUCAACCUUGUGAGGCCCCAAACGGCACUUGCCCUUCAGACCACCAUUACCAAUUUAAUACGGAUGUAGUGUACGACAGCAAUGGAACACUUAUCGCCAAGUAUCACAAAAUCAACUUGUUCUUUGAAUUUAUGUUCAACCCAUCAACAUCCGAAGAGGCCGUCUCGUUUGAAACACCAUUCGGAACCUUUGGUGUGUUCACUUGCUUUGAUAUACUCUUUCGGAACCCUGUGGUUGUUUUGAUGAAGGAGAGAGGGGUGAGUAACAUUGCAUUUCCUACAGCCUGGAUGGACACCCCUCCAUUUCUUGCGGCAGUCCAGUUCCAUUCGGCAGUAGCUGCUGGUUUUGGCGUUAAUUUUUUAGCAGCCAACAUGCACAAUCCUCGAUACCGUUUCCAAGGAAGUGGAAUUUACUCCCCAGAAGGAGCUAGAGCCUAUUACUAUAACAACAGUGUUUCGAGUAGCGGAAAGCUAUUAGUGUCAGAUCUGAAUAUUUUGCGUACAAAUCUACUCUCGAACAAACAAGUUGUAAAAAAUGUAGAAUCGGUUGUUGACCCGAUGAAGAAUAGUUCUGGACAAGAAGAAUUUCAAGCAGAAACUUUUGGAGACAUGUUCAAUUACGUUGCUCUAUCGCAGUCUAGUGGAACAGCUCGGGUCUGUCAUAAUAAACUUUGUUGCACAGCAUCUUACACUUCACGAGAAAAUAUCACAGAAUUGUAUGCUCUUGGUGCAUUCGAUGGUUUACAUACCAAAGAAGGGACUUACUAUAUCCAGGUCUGCGGAGUGGUCAGGUGUAGAACCAACAACAAUUCAUCAUGUGGUGAGGGCUCCAUUGUUUCGAACACGUAUUUUGAUCAUCUCAAGCUUUCUGGUACUUUCAGGUCACCGUACAUAUUUCCAGAAAUUCUUCUGUUCGGUGAGGAAACUUUUCAGCUGGCAGCACCGGGCGACUGGUCUUAUGCCAGUGGGGUGUUAGAAGCAAAGAAUGGAUUGGAACAACCUUUGUUGUCGUUCUCACUUUUCUCUCGCGAUUACGACUAUGAUCUUUUGUCAAGUUCAUCAACAAAACAAAAAGUCACAAAUAUUGCAUUUUGCUCGAUUUUACUAAAUUUCAUGUUCAUAUAUUAGUGUUAAGAGAUUUCAAUAUGUUGUUAUUCUUUCUUUGCUAUGACAAUACUGCCGUCCAAUUUAUUGGACAGUGUCGUAAGAGGGGAAAACUUCUGGAUUUUUUCUCUCCAAUACAUGGACAUAAUUUCUAUGUACAGUAUGAAUGUCAAAUUGAAUGAAUAAAUGUGUCACUAAAUGACAUAGAAAAAGUU